AGGGGCGAAUGAACGUUCCUUCCCAGUCAAAAUGGAUUAGACGGUAAGUGCCGUCAAUGGCGCUGAAAGAUAAGUAUUCAUUACACAAUAUGGAGAAAAAAAAAGGCUUUUAGUGUGUAACGUGGGGACGUAACCAGAGUGUUUUCGGCUUUUAUUAAUCUUGAAUUUUUUAAAAACUUAUAUUAACGUAUUCAUAUAUUUAUAAUUACAUAAGAAUAAUAUAAUGGUUUAUAAUUAAAGAUAGGGAAUUGCUAAUAUUUAUUUAUUUUUAAUUACCCAAAAUAGUCACUUGCCCUAAAAAGGUUAAAGGUCUAAAAGUGUCAGUGUCGAGCUGUCUAACGUAGGGACCGAUGUCAAUGAAGGGGUUAUUAAUAAUUCAUCCAUCCACACGAUUUCACGAUAUAUGAGAUGCACCUGUCAGUGGAUAAUCUUUUCGUACAGUAUUGGUCUUAUGACAAAUUUAGUUGCAAAAUAUAAAAACUAAUGGGGUUAUUUAAUUAUCAUUAUUGUUAACGUUAACAUUUCUUUUUAUUAGUAGUAAAGUUAUUUUUACUAUUUGUCCUCGAUGACCGGAAGCUCGAAGAAGGCACCGGAAGCCAUCCCGCAGUUUUCCCAAACACGGGUAAAAGGCAAUACGAAAAAUCGUUUGUUAGCUAAGUUAGCUGGUCCUAUUCACUUGAAGAUGGUUGCAUAGGUCCCGCAGAUGGAGGCCAAACAAGUUACAAGGGUGUACGGAGAAGUCAGCUCUUUCUCCACACCGUUUUCUGCUGAUGUUCGAGAAGAACAAGAAGGAGACAUUCAUCUGAUCACAGUGACGGCAGGGUGGAGUCAGACAGAUUUGGUGAGAGCAUCCAAGCUUUCUUACUCUCAGCAAUGGACUCUAAUUUCAACCCCCCAAGACCACCACCAGUACAUUAGAACUGUCUUCCCACCAGGACCAUGUGUACCUCUGUCCGGAGAAUUACUAAGCAGACUCUCACCCUCUGGUAACCUGAGGGCUGUGGUUCGAGACAAAGGUGGUGUCCUGCUGCUGGAGAUUUGGAACCAUCAUGGCCUCAGCAAAUGCCUCAACCUGAGUGCCCUCAACAAACAUGGCAGCAUAUACGAUGAUGUUCAGUUUGGUGUUCUGUCAUGGUCGGCAUGUGAGAGCAAGCUUCUCUACAUAGCUGAAAAGAUCAAAAACACAAAUGAGGAGUCUGUAUUAGGGAAGAAUAGGAAUGUAUACUUUGAAGACUGGGGGGAGGCGCUGACUAACAAGAGCACUCCCGUCAUUUGUGUGGUCAAUCUUUACAAUGGCUCAGUGGAUGUGUUACAAGGUGUCCCUGCUGACAUCUCACCGGGACAGGCUUGCUGGGCUCCUGGAGGUCAAUCUGUGUUUUUCAUUGGUUGGUACCAUGAACCUUUCAGACUGGGACUUAAGUUCUGCUCCAAUCGCCGGUCAGCCUUGUUCCAGCUUCACAUGGCUGGUCAGUGUGAGUGCUUGACGGGUGACAACCUGUCUGUGUCCUGUCCGAGGCUAAGCCCAGACGGGUCCACACUGGUCUACUUGCAGGGCGAAGUUUUUGGGCCUCACAGUCAGUGCCUUAGUCUGCAACAGUUGGACCUGAACAAUAGGAAGUCUUCCACACUAUUGGGUGUCGUCAAUAGGCCACUGAGUGAUGGAUUCAGUGGUGUUUAUGAGGCCCUGCCAUCUAGCUGUUGGUCUGCAGAUGGACAGAGGGUUUUGUUCAGCAGUGCAUGUCAGAACCGCAAGGAUCUCUUUAUUGUGGACAGAGGGUCAAAGAAAGUGUUUUGCCUUUCUAGUGGCCUGUCAAAUGCUACCAAGAUUUACGGUAGCUGGAAGCUAUUGACCAUACAGAAGGACCUGAUGGUCGUGUGUUGCUCCAGCCCCAACACACCUCCAACAAUGCUGGUAGGUUUCCUCCCUCCUGCAGGUGAAGUGGAUGCUGUCACCUGGUGCCCCCUCCAGGAACCAAGCAUCACCUUUGACUUCCAGUGGACAAUUCUGGAUUUGGAAACGCCAAGAGAAGAGGACAACCCUGACUAUCCUGGAUUAAAGUUUGGAGCGGUCCUGGUGAAACCAAGUGGUUCUCUCAGAGUAUCUCUGACACCUCUUGUAGUCUUUAUCCAUGGAGGGCCACACUCCCAGUUUGCUGCAGAGUGGAACAGCACUACCGCUGGUCUUGUCUCUCUUGGCUUUGCUGUGCUCAUGGUGAACUACCGCGGUUCCACCGGCUUUGGCCAAGACAGCAUUCUGUCCCUCCUCGGUCACAUUGGAAGCCAGGAUGUUAAAGAUGUGCAGAGGGCCGUGCUGGCUGUGCUGCUAAGUGACUCGACUCUUGACCCCAAACGCGUGGCUGUGAUUGGGGGUUCUCAUGGUGGUUUUCUGUCCUGUCACCUGGUGGCUCAGUAUCCAGAGUUCUACAGGGCCUGUGCAGCCAGGAAUCCUGUUGUAAAUGCUGCCACCUUGCUGGGUACCAGUGACAUUGUGGACUGGCGUUACACUUGUGUGGGCUUAAAGUACUCAUACAACCAGAGACCAACUGCAGAAGCCUUGGCUGCCAUGUUGGAAAAGUCACCUAUCAUACAUGCUGCGAAGAUCAAGGCUCCAGUGCUUUUGAUGCUGGGAGGCAAAGACAGGCGGGUGUCUCCUUAUCAAGGUCUGGAGCUCUAUAAAGUUCUCAAGAGUCAAGCAUCACCAGUCAGGUUACUGUGGUUUGCAGAGGAUGGCCAUUCUCUCUCGAGAGUGGACACACAAGCACAGUGCUUUCUCAACAUAGUGCUGUGGCUUCAACAACAUCUCUAACACCCCCCCACAUCUCAUGAUCUCUUGAAAUAUGUAGGCACUGCAAUAAAAAUAUGU